UUCUCUCUUUCAUCAUUAUUUUCUUUAAUUGUUAUACAACUGCUUUGAUCUUAGGCCCACGCAAAGCAACAAACCAUAAUUGUGGCAUCAUUGGUGCCACAUACGCCUCGACUUAAAGAGGUCGUCGCACAUAAGUUACCGUCUCCCACCACAUUUUGUCUAUCCUGUCACAAUGUCGGCACCGAAGCUGUCCAGCCGAACUUCGAGUUAUAGGAAGCCCGUCCCAAAAUUUAUUCCCUCGCCUCCUGCUUCUCCCCGCGGUUCACCGACGAGCUCCACAAGACGGUUUUCUUUUUCACAUACGUCUAUCAAUCAGGAUGCCCCUCCUCUACCCCCCGACUGGCGUAACGCAAUUGACCGGGCGGUAUCUAGGGAGGGAAGAGCGACGUCUGGCUUACCUCCUAUUGACACAGUCGUGGGACCAUCGAGCCACGACGCUCACGGGACCGACACUGACUUCUCCACAGAAAGGCUGUCACCCUCAACGCCUGACUGGGGGACAUCGGGAACUAUGAACUUUACCCCUCCUACACCUACUGAGAGCUACCACGAUGAGGAACUCGUGUCUCGUCCGAGUUCGCCCACGCCUUGGGAACAUUUAUCGCGUUCCACAGCACGGCAGCCGUCUUACCAAGAGGAAUAUCGCCCACCUACACCCCCAAUCCCCAACCAGCGCAAAAGGCCCAGAUCAGUUGGAUCUGGAUGUGACUCGCCAACGCCUACUAUCAUAUCACAGCUAGCACCGCACUCCACAUUGCCCUUGGCAUCUCGUGAACAAUACCAUGACGCGGCUCCGUUGAUCUUGAUUGAGAAGUCGGGACCUCCACCUGUACCUCCCAAGUCCUCGCUACCGACACCCCCUGCCAGCGUGCUGACUCACUGCGAUGUUUCCUAUCCUUCGAAUCAUGCUGGGCAUGACAAGUCUUUUCAACCUCCCACGUACUCUCCUGGUCACGAUAGGCGUCCUUCUACUCUCAACUCGACUCUCAAUUUCACUGUUAAUUCUGAGAAAUGGACUGAGGGUACUGCGACUCCCUCUGCUCAAGGCCUGAUUAAUAAAGAGACUCCUCGGCAUGCAUCUGAGUUUCCUGCCGUCCUCCUUGAACGAGAUGUUGCUAGCCAUGCAAAGCGCAGCUGGUGGCAGUCGUUCGCAAGUGGCUUCAAGCGUUUCAUAUCUGGCUUAUGUUGUCUGUAAUGCGGUGGGAACUUCAAGUUUUGUGCAUGUGCUGUUUAUUGGGACUCUGAUGGACUAUGAAACUAUUUUACUGUAAAUUUACUGUACUUCGCAUUCGUUCAUUUCUACACUAGCAUUUCUUUGUUAAGACAUUAUGCAGCACUUUUUUUUUUCAAGACUGAUUUGCAAGACUUCACAUAACUGGGAGGUUGGAGCAUGACUGUUUUA